CUUCUCCCGUCUUCUCUCCCAUCGUGACGAUCUGUCCUCGGCCUCGAAAUACAUAUAAAGCGAUUCUGGCGUUCCUGUUUACGUGCACUCUCAUAGCCCCCCUCUACUUAUAACUCAUGGGCUCCUUCCACCUGCGACCCGUCUCCGACUCCUCGCCCAGCGCAUCACCCUCGCCCCCUCGCGAUCACAGCUCGCCCUCGGGCAAAUCUUCGACUACCCUUCCGUCGCAGCCCUCGUCGACGACCAGCACCAUCCAAAGCAUCAACGGCCCUCGCCGUCCGCUGUCCCCGAGCUCUCUCAGAGACGUCGAUCUCUCGAGCAACGCUGUCAUGACGCCCCGCCCGUAUCCGCCCCCGCCGACAGGCCACGAGCUCAUGUCGCUCUUCCCCCCGCCGCCGCCGCCGUUCAUGGAAACGACCUCGGGCUACUUCCAGCGCCAGGAGCGCGCCUUUUUCGCGCAGAAGGGCAAGGAGAUCCUGCGCGUCCGCAUCGAGGUGGAUCUCGAUCGCGACAUUGCCAUGGCCGUCGAUCGCGAGCCCGAGGGCAAGGGCAAGGAGCGCGAACGCGAACGCGAGCGCUUCGGGCAGCAGCAGCAGCAGCAGCAAGUGCAGCUUCACCCGCCGCGGGACGCCAGGCCGUGGCCCGCCGCGCAGCAGCCACAACAGCCACAGCCGCCACCCCAGUUCAGCCACCCCCAUCCGCACCACCGCCAGUCGCCGCCCGCCGCCGUGGCGCCGUACCCGCCCCCGCCACACCACCUCUCGCGGGCCUCGCCGCGCGUCUCCGCCGUCCCGACGACGCCGUCCUUCACGAACGUCCCCCCGCACGCGCCGCGGCCGUACGUGCAGGAGGUCGCGGUGCUGCCGGUGCACUCGCAGCGCGCGCCGAUGCAGGUGCAGGUACCGCACCAGCACGAGCCGGGCCAGCUCGAGGAGCUGCCCCUGGACGAGUCGUGGAAGCGGCCCACGCCGCAUAACGAGCGCAGGCGAGCCGGGAAGCAUACGAAGCGCGUGGUGCGGGCGGAGAUGUCGUGA